UUAAGUGACCAACCUGUUUGACAAUCUUGACAUAUCGUUCAGUUUGUUUACGCUUCCUCUUCCGUUCUACACUGGUGUCAGUAGGUCCAUCAACAUGGGGGCCUACAAGUACAUUCAAGAACUUUAUCGAAAAAAACAAAGCGAUGUCCUUAAGUUUUUACUCCGGAUAAGAGUUUGGCAAUACCGUCAAUUAACAAAGUUGCACCGAGCUCCCAGACCAUCUAGACCAGAUAAAGCUAGGAGGUUAGGUUAUAGAGCCAAACAAGGUUACGUUAUCUUCCGUAUUCGCGUUCGUCGUGGUGGUCGUAAACGUCCAGUACCAAAAGGUGCUACUUACGGUAAACCUAAAAGUCAUGGAGUUAACCAACUUAAACCUGUUAGGAAUUUACAAGCAAUUGCUGAAGAACGUGUUGGAAGACGAUGUGGUGGUUUAAGAGUCUUAAACUCUUAUUGGGUUGGUCAAGAUGCAUCUUAUAAAUAUUAUGAAGUUAUCUUAGUUGAUCCAUCUCAUAAUGCCAUUCGUCGGGACCCUAAAAUCAAUUGGAUCGUAAAUUCUGUACAUAAACACAGAGAGCUCCGUGGCAAGACAUCCGCUGGUAAAUCUUCAAGAGGACUCGGAAAGGGUCAUAGGUACUCUCAGACAAAGGGUGGUUCUCAAAGGGCCGCUUGGCUAAGAAGAAAUUCGCUCCAAUUACGUAGAAAACGAUAAGAUGUUUGUACAAUUUAUUGUACACAAUAAAAAAUGUUUGGUAUUUAAGAAAA